AUGCGUUCAGACUUUGAUUUUCCUAUAGAAAAGCCAAAAUUAUUAAGACCCUCUGUUAAUGUUGUCCGUCAAAAAGAAUAUGCAGAGGAAAAAAGAAAAGCUCAAUGUAACCUUAUUGCUAAAAUGUUGACAAUGAGUGACACUGAAUUAAUGACACUAUCAACUCGUGAAAUUCUAGAAUAUUCACAUAAUUCUAAUCCAGUACAAGUCGGUGAUGAAGGAUCAGAAAGCGGCUCGGAUAAUGAACUUCCAAGAAAUCUACAAGAAAGUGAUUCUGAUAACGAAGGAUCUGAGAGCAGUUCUGAUAAUGAAAGAUCCAAUUCGCAAGCCUCAAGAUCAAGAUCAGAAAGCGAUUCGGAUAGUGAAGGAUCAGAAAGCAGUUCUGAUAAUGAAGAAAGAUUGAUAUCACCAAGAAAGACACAAUUCCCAAGAAUAACCUCAGGCUCGGAAAGAAGUUCACAAGACUACACACCACAAAAACUUCCACAAAAAACUCCAAAAUCAACUCCACAACCAAGAACUCCACAACACACCCCUAUCCAAAUCCAAAGGCCGGCUCUGCAAGCAUCAUUUAAAAAAGUUCAACAGCCAACAAAGAAGAAAACAAACAAACCAAACACUUCGGAACCUUCUUUCGGUAUUGGAAAACGGCAAGCCAAACCAACAGCUGCGGCUAAUCCAGAAUACUACUCACCACAACAAAAGAAGCAAAGAAAGUCAACAAAACAGUAA